AUCGGACAAUCGAUAAAAGUUCCACCUCUAUUAACAAAAUAAACAAACUUGAGGCAAAAUGUGUGGACGGACUUGUUUAACCCUAGAUCCAGAUGAAGUACUUUGUGCUUGCAAAUAUCCCAGGCAAAAGCCACAUAAAAUCUCUAAAGAUGAGGUAAACACAAACCAACAGAUAACCAAUGUGAAAAAGGAGCCAAAGCAAGACGCAGAGGAUCAGCAGUUGGAUACGCCCGAAUGGCGGGCGGAAUUCAAUUUAGGACGGCGCUAUCACGCCUCCUAUAAUAUAGCGCCCACAGAUAUAACUCCCGUUGUGGUGUCGGGAGCGCACUUCUCCGACGAUGAGGAUCAGAAAUGCUCACGCAUUGUGAUGCCCAUGAUGUGGGGCAUGAUUCCAUUUUGGCACAAAGGAGAUUACCGCAAACAUGGCCUUACCACCAACAACUGUCGCCUCGAACAUUUAAUGGAUUCGAAAUUAUAUCGUGGCCCUUUUAAACGCGGCCAACGUUGUGUGAUUCUUUGUGAAGGAUUCUAUGAAUGGCAAACAUCAGGACCAGCCAAGAAGCCCUCUGAGCGGGAAGCGUUCUUGAUUUAUGUGCCCCAAAACAAUGAUGACAUCAAAAUUCAUGAUAAAACCACUUGGAAGCCAGAGAAUGUAAAAUUAUUGCGUAUGGCUGGACUCUUUGAUGUUUGGCAGGACGAAAGCGGUGAUAAGAUAUAUAGCUAUAGUAUUAUCACCUUUAGCUCGAGUAAGAUAAUGUCCUGGAUGCAUUAUCGCAUGCCAGCCAUAUUAGAAACGGAGCAACAAAUGAACGACUGGUUGGAUUUUAAGCGAGUCAGCGAUACGGAAGCUCUAGCCACUCUACGUCCAGCAACAUCCUUGGCCUGGCAUCGUGUCUCCAAAUUGGUCAACAAUUCUCGCAACAAAAGCGAAGAAUGCAAUAAACCAAUCGAAUUGGCAGCAAAACCAGCUAAACCGGCCAUGAAUAAGACCAUGCAGGCUUGGUUAAAUACACGUAAGAAACGUGAGGAUCAAAUCAAGGCUGAGCAAAGUGAGCCCAGUGAUAGUGAAGAUACGGAAGAGAAGGCUGUGAAACGUCGAUCGUCACCCAUUCACAGCCAGCAGGAAAAUUCGGUCAAGCGACCUCGUUUCAGUGAUUUCAAGAAGUCCAGAAAGAGCGGCGAUAGCAGUGACAGCAGCGAAAUCAAAUACACCGAUAGAUUAAAUAACUGAAACGAAUCAAAUAUUAUGUUUUUAAUUGUUAUGCCCUAGCAAUGGGUUAUAUAGUAUUUACAGACCUAUAUUUACCUCAAUACUCUCUCGAUCAAUAGUAUAACUUACAGAUUUCAUUAAAGAGAUGAUUUCAUUAAGAUUUACAGUUAA